UAUUGGAAUGUUGUUAUUGUUGUUUUGUGCGUACUUGCCGACUUGCCGGGUGUCAGUAUUGGAGUUGUACUGCCGGGCUAUGCCGCUAUGAAGUUGAAGUUGCUAAGUCAUGGUGAUGUAGAAAUCGCGCAGCGCGCAUAUAAUGCAUCUACUGUGAUGUGAAUGCCCCACGUCAAUGCGAAACGCGCAGCGUUCAGGCGCACACAGCACAGGAGCCAGCAUCUGGAUGUGUCUAAAAUGUAUCCGAAAAAAGUCACUCGUUUUAUUCAAUAGGUGCGAUAUCAUUUAAAAGUGAAGUGGCAAGUUUUGUUUUUGUGCCGACAUAAGGUCUACGCGGUUGCGUCAUCAAAGGACAACUGCGUUCGCAGUUUGACAACCUGAUUUCCAUACUGACAGGCAGUGAGCCGAAUGUGUCGUAGCCACAUUGUUUUCUGUGUCCUUAACCGCGAAAAUUACACUAGAUGGAAACUACUAUUUUGGAAUAAAUCCCUGUAGCCUAAAAUAUAAUAUAGCAGGGGAGACAAACAGAGGCCGCCAGAUCAUCCCUGAUGUCAUCUAUCUUGGACGUAGUGGAUUUAGAUUACAAAAAGUGAAGAAUUGCCAACCAAUGAUUAAUUCCUGAACUCCAGAACUAGAAGCCCAACACCAAAGGACCAAGCUGGAAUCUCAUGGACUAAAUCAGGAAUAUCUGCUCUAAAGAUGGAACCUCUGGACUAAACUAGAACUCCAUGGACUAAAUAGGAAUAGUUCUUAAACAGGAAUAUCAGGACCAAAAGCUGAAAUAUCAUGGACUAAUUUAGGCAUUUCUGGACUAAAAUUGGAAUCUCUGGACUGAAUAUGGAAUUGCUGGACUGAACUACAAGUCUUAGGGUGAAAUCAGUAAUCUCAGCGACAUGACUGUUUUUUUCUGUGAUAUCUGACUGACGAGCGUUGAGGAUGUGUGUCACGCGUUGAGUGACUAUGCACUAUGCACUGUGUUACAAUCAUUCAAUAAGGAUUAAUCGGGUGCAAAAGUCGACUUGGGGGAUUCAGGGAAAAUCUAUACUUAGUCCAUUGAUUAAUCCGUCUCUAAGACAGACAACUCCCCCCCUCCCAUCGGUCAGGAUGUUGUGCCCCAGGAAGAAGCGCCUCACUAGGGAUGCAGAUUUCUCUGCCAUCGCGGUGCCGUCGAUGCGGGGGUCUGGGUACCUGGACUACACCAUAGAGACACACCCCUCCAGAGCCCUGCAGGCCAUGGAGGACUUCAGAAGGCACGAGAUGCUGUGUGACAUCACCCUACACGUCACCUAUAAGGACACAACCGUUGACUUCAAGGUGCAUAAAGUGGUGCUGGCGUCCUGCAGCCCCUACUUCAAAGCCAUGUUCACCAGCAGCUUUAAGGAGUGCCACGCCUCCGAGGUGACGCUACGUGAUGUCUGCCCCCUGGUGGUAGGGAGGCUUAUUGACUUCGCCUACACCUCACGCAUCACCGUGGGGGAGAAGUGUGUGCUGCACCUCCUACUGGCCGCUAUGAGGUACCAGAUAGAAGACGUGGCUAAGGCUUGCUGUGACUACCUCACUAAAAACUUGGAGCCUGCCAACGUGAUCGGCAUCGCUCGCUUCGCUGAGGAGAUUGGCUGCACCGAGCUGCACCUGAGGAGCCGCGAGUACAUCAACACACACUUCAACGAGGUAACCAAAGAGGAGGAGUUCUUCAGUCUGUCUCACUGUCAGCUGUUGGAGCUCAUCAGCCAGGACAGCCUCAAGGUGCUCUGUGAGUCAGAGGUGUACAAGGCUUGUACAGACUGGGUACGAUGGGACGUGGAGAGCAGAGCUCCCUAUCUCCACGCCCUCCUCAAUGCUCUCCACGUCUACGCUCUGCCUCCCAAGUUCAUCAAGAUACAGCUCCAGUCCUGCCCCAUCCUCAGCAAGGCCAACUCCUGUAGAGACUUCCUGUCUAAGAUAUUCCAGGAAAUGGCGUUGAGGAAGCCCCUCCCCCCUGCGCCUCACCGUGGAACACAGCUUAUCUACGUAGCCGGAGGGUAUCGGCAGCACUCUCUGUCUUCUAUGGAGGCCUAUGACCCUGGUAGGAACAUCUGGCUGAAGCUAGCUGACAUGGGCUCUCCCUGCAGUGGCCUGGGCUCCUGUGUGCUGUUUGGCCUGCUCUACACGGUGGGAGGCAGGAACCUGUCCCUACAGAACAACACUGAGUCCAGUUCCCUGUGCUGCUACAACCCCAUGACCAAUCAGUGGAGCCAGCACGCCUCCCUCAACACCCCCAGGAACAGGGUGGGGGUGGCUGUGGUGGACGGGAGCAUUUACGCCGUGGGGGGGUCCCAGGGGUCCACACAUCAUAACACUGUGGAGAGGUAUGACCCUGAGGCGAACCGCUGGGUGUUUGUGAGCCCCAUGUCAGUAGCCCGUCUGGGGGCGGGGGUAGCAGGUUGCGAGGGGUCUCUGUACGUGGUGGGGGGGUUUGACGGCCAGAACCGCUGGAACACAGCAGAGAGGUUCCACCCCGAUUCCAACACCUGGCAUCAACUGGCCCCCAUGACCACUGUACGCAGUGGACUAGGUGAGAAUGUGUGUAUGUGUGUGUGUAUACACACCUCUCAAGGUGUGUGGAUAAUGUCUCUCUCUCUCUCUCUCUCUCUGUUUCUCCCUCGUGUGUGUGUGUGUGUGUGUGUGUGUGUGUGUGUAGGUGUGGUGUGUGUGGACUCAUACCUGUAUGCAGUAGGAGGGUAUGACGGUCAUACCCAGCUCAGCUCCAUGGAGAGGUACAGUGUAACCAGAGAUGUGUGGGAGCCAGUGGCCUCCAUGCAGCACUGCCGCAGCGCUCACGGGGUCACCAUCUACCAGGGACGCAUCUUCAUACUGGGUGGUUUUAACUCCACAGGGUUUCUGUCCAGUGUUGAGAGUUACUCCCCUGACACCAACCAGUGGACGUCCAUCACCAACAUGUUGCUAGGACGCAGCGGAAUGGCCGUCGCAGUAACAAUGGAGCCCUGCCCCGGCAACCUGCCCGAGGAGGAAGAAGAAGAGGAAGUGACAUAGAGUUAGAGCGAGGAGACAUGACUCACCAUAACUCUUUUUAUAUUUAACUCAGCAUGGCGGCAGAGCAAGACUUGUUGCAGUAGAAUUAGAAUGUGUAGAAAGUACAAAGCUCUUAGAUCACUUUUAUCCAAAGCCACAAAGUUUGCAUUAAUCAGGAAUGUCUGUUCUGAUCAUUCUAAUUCUAUGUGGAGUCAGUAGGAAUUGGACCAGGGGGAGGAAGUGACCUCACAAUGACUUCAAAGUGACCUCACCAUUAUUAGGGUGCUACAGACAAAGAGUUAGGAAUUAGAAUACUAGAAUGGGCAUGAACCAUUGUAAGACACAUUGCCUGAAUCACUAAAUGGGCUGUCACUCCCAAACAGAAGACAAUUGCAUUGGUAACAAUUUAUUUUUAAAUGUAUUAACUUAAAUUUAAGGAACACCUAACUUUACAAGACUGACAUGACUUAUUUCGACAACAGCAGCCAUUACACAUUCCAAGGGUACAUCAUGAGGUUAGAGUAAGAUCUUUCGGCUACAAAGACCCAACUGACUUGAAUCACAGUGAAUUUAAGAGCCACUUUUCAAAUGUUAAGAACAAACAGUUUGUGUUUUUAAUCAAGACACUGUCUUUCAAAGAUAAUUCUUAAAAAUCCAAAUAACUUCACAGAUCUUCAUUGUAAAGGGUUUAAACACUGUUUCCCAUGCUUGUUCAAUGAACCAUAAACAAUUAAUGAACAUGCACCUGUGGAACGGUCGUUAAGACACUAACAGCUUACAGACGGUUAGCAAUUAAGGUCACAGUUAUGAAAACUUAGGACACUAAAGAGGCUUUUCUACUGACUCUGAAAAACACCAAAAGAAAGAUGCCCAGGGUCCCUGCUCAUCUGCAUGAACGUGCCUUAGGCAUGCUGCAAGGAGGCAUGAGAACUGCAGAUGUGGCCAGGGCAAUAAAUUGCAAUGUCCGUACUGUGAGAAGCCUAAGACGGUGCUACAGGGAGACAGGACGGACAGCUGAUGGAACAACACCUGCACAGGAUUGGUACAUCCGAACAUCACACCUGCGGGACAGGUACAGGAUGGCAACAACAACUGCCCGAGUAACACCAGGAACGCACAAUCCCUCCAUCAGUGCUCAGACUGUCUGCAAUAGGCUGAGAGAGGCUGGACUGGGGGCUUGUAGGCCUGUUGUAAGGCAGGUCCUCACCAGACAUCACCGGCAACAACGUCGCCUAUGGGCACAAACCCACCGCCGCUGGACCAGACAGGACAGGCAAAAAGUUGCGCUUUUGAGUUGCAUUUUUGUCUCACCAGGGGUGAUGGUCGGAUUUGUGUUUAUCGUCGAAGGAAUGAGCGUUACACCGAGGCCUGUAUUCUGGAGCGGGAUCGAUUUGGAGGUGGAGGGUCCGUCAUGGUCUGGGGUGCCACAGCAUCAUCGGACUGAGCUUGUUGUCAUUGCAGGCAAUCUCAAUGCUGUGUUUACAGGGAAGACAUCCUCCUCCCUCAUGUGGUACCCUUCCUGCAGGCUCAUCCUGACAUGACCCUCCAGCAUAACAAUGCCACCAGCCAUACUGCUCAUUCUGUGUGUGAUUUCCUGCAAGACAGGAAUGUCAGUGUUCUGCCAUGGCCAGCGAAGAGCCUGGAUCUCAAUCCCAUUGAGCACGUCUCAGACCUGUUGGAUCGGAGGGUGAGGGCUAGGGCCAUUCCCCCCAGAAAUGUCCGGGAACUUGCAUGUGCCUCGGUGGAUCUCGCAGCAAGAACUGGCAAAUCUGGUGCAGUCCAUGAGGAGGAGAUGCACUGCAGUACUUAAUGCAGCUGGUAACCACACUAGAUACUGACUGUUACUUUUGAUUUUGACCCCCACUUUGUUCAGGGACACAUUAUUCCAUUUCUGUUAGUGACAUGUCUGUGGAACUUGUUCAGUUUAUGUCUCAGUUCUUGAAUCUGGUUAUGUUCAUACAAAUAUUUACAUAUGUUAAGUUUGCUGAAAAUAAAUGCAGUUGACAGGGAGAGGACGUUUCCUUUUUUGCUGAGUUUAUGUAUAUAUUAUAGGUACUUAGUUUUAGUAGUUGGAGCAGUAAUUUUACUUGUAGCCCUAUUAUGCUGUUAAUGUAUGUAUUUUUAAAAUAUAUUUUGUUAUUCUCAGACA